UUCUUUCUCCUUGUAAAUUGGUAAUAAGAUACACUCUUUUUUUCCAAGGUUCACACUAGAGCACAGAAGAGAACUGUUUAACUUGGAAGAAUAACACUAGGCUUUUUGGUUCUGCAAAGAGUUCCUCUCUUUGUCUCCUGCUUUAAAGUAGACAGACCCUAAAAUGACAGUCAUUUCUGCCAUUAGUGGGACUCUCUUAAUUACCAUUCUCUGUGAAGCAAGUACACUAGUGUUGCCCAAUUCCACUGACCCAUUCCUGUCAACUAAAAAUUACACUGAUGUUGAAGCAGCUUUGAAAACUCAUCUGGAUUCUUCAAGCCUCCCCAAAGUCAGGAAAAAGCGUUAUAUCUCACAGAAUGAUAUGAUUGCCAUUUUGGAUUUUCACAAUCAGGUCAGAGGCAAAGUGUUCCCACCUGCAUCCAACAUGGAAUACAUGGUCUGGGAUGAUAAUCUAGCUAAAUCUGCGGAAGCUUGGGCAGCUACCUGCAUUUGGGACCAUGGGCCUUCUUACUUGUUGAGAUUUCUGGGACAAAAUUUAUCUGUACGGACUGGAAGAUAUCGAUCCAUUCUCCAGCUGGUGCAGCCCUGGUAUGAUGAAGUGAAAGACUAUGCCUUUCCAUAUCCUCAGGACUGCAAUCCAAGGUGCCCAAUGAGAUGCUACGGGCCCAUGUGCACACAUUAUACUCAGAUGGUUUGGGCCACUUCCAACAGAAUAGGCUGUGCAAUCCACACAUGCCACAAUAUGAAUGUCUGGGGAGCAGUUUGGAGCCGAGCUAUUUUUUUGGUAUGCAACUAUGCCCCAAAGGGAAAUUGGAUAGGAGAAGCACCAUAUAAAGUUGGCGUGCCAUGUUCUGCUUGCCCGCCCAUUUAUGGAGGAUCAUGCACUAACAAUCUUUGCUUUCCUGGAGUGACAUCAAACUACUUAUAUUGGUUUAAAUAA